UGAUGGGAAGCCACGAUGGACAAGGCCAUGUAAUGAACCAACACAUGGCUUCCCGAGGAUCGUGAAUAGAUAACGGCUUUAUAACUUGGCGCCGCACUCUGAAGAGCCAUUGGGAAGCGGUAUUUGGUGGAAGAAGGAAGGGACCACUUGCUGAAUACCAACCAUGAAGUAUAUUUUGUUUUACUUAGCGGCCUUCGUGACAGCCUGUGCUGCUGCAGACCUCGGUUAUGUUGAAAACUUCCACGUUAAGGAAUUCGGGACUGGUUACAUAAAGGUUGCAUGGGAUUUCAUCGACGGCGACACCAAUUUUCCUCUGCAUAAAUACUCGCUAACCAUUGACUCCGACUUGACAAGCGAAUUCAAAUGCAGCUCAUCGAGUUGUUCCAGGAUUAUAGAAGACCUGGACGCCUGCAUUGAACAUGUAUUCGACCUGGUGCCAAUAUUCUACACCCCAACGGGUGAUGAUACGAACGGACAACUCGCCACCACCACCGGAUACACCACAGAUGAGAUCCCGGGCGCGGUGAGCAAUAUCAUGGUGACGGCCGAUACCGACGCUGCGACAAGCUUUAAGUGGAACCAACCAAUUGUGAACUCAAGGUGCGUCGACGCUUACAGCGUGUGCUACCGCCUGGACGGGGAGACAGAUAACCCUUGUGUGGAGUCCAACUCAACGACAGUCACCGUGAAGAAUAUGUCUGCCUGCGCCACUUACCACGUCACCGUGACUCCCUUGACUCCGUCCAGGAAGGAAGGACCAACGAUAGAACACGUGUUCAAGACCCACGAUGGAGUGCCCGGCAAACCCGAGGACGUGCAUGUGGGACUCAUUACUCCGGAAACCAUCCAACUCCUGUGGAACAAUCCAUCAGAUAACUUCCUCUGCUUGGAGAGGUUCCGCAUCACCAUCGGAGAGACACACGCAAAGAUAGUGAGGCCUGCGAUGAGGGCAGUUUCAGGUUACGACAAUGAGUUUACAUUCACUCCACUUUUCCCGUGUACCAAUUACACAAUCGACAUCUGCUCGGCUAAUGAGGCCGAGAUGACUAGCGACAAGGUCAUCAUGUUCGCCGCCACCGAGGAGACAGACCCACUGGCGCCACCCACUGUCACGGUGACUCCCAGCGGACCCGACACCAUCAAAGUAAGCUGGGGCGACAACGAGAACGACCGCUGUUCAGGGAGCUUCGAAGUGUGUUGGUAUGAUGGCGUGCACCCUGUGGAGCAAUGUCAGGAAGUUGGAGGUGACGGUGACAACAACCUAGUCGUACAUGAUCUUCUACCGUGUAGCAAUUACGACUUUUCAGUCACCGUGCACUCUCCCAGUGGCACCUUCGUUAGUAAUUCCACUUUCAACUCUACUUCCACCGAAGAUGUCCGUCCUGGCCCCGUGGUGAAUCUACACGUUGUCGACGUCGACGUGACGGAAAUGACGGUGAGGUGCGAACCGCCAGCUGUUGAUCCUCAGUGCGCGAAGGAAGUCAUCACCAGAGUCAUUGACGAAAACGCUAAGUCACAACGGGUUGUAAGGAAGUCCAAUUUUGAGGAAACCAUCUACGGACUGGAGCCAUGCACCGAUUACAGAAUUCUAGUCAGCACAAAAUCCUCAAGCGGCCUCCAGUCCGAAGAGAGAGAAACAAGAGACAGGACCUUGGAUGCCAUACCCUCAGAACCGCAAGCGUUUAAUGUCACCGAUGUUACGACCACCUCCGUCACUCUUCAUUGGUUCCGGCCAGCCACUAACCCACGCUGCGCCACCGAUUACGCCCUGGAGUGGGCGGGCAACCUUGACACUGGCAACAUCACAAUAAGUGACACUUCCUCAUUCAAGAUAGUGUACGUCGUAGACGGUCUGCAGUCCUGCACAAACUAUAUCUUCACGCUCAACGCAGAAUCGUCAGAUGGAUCAGGUCCUGCAACCACCCUCACACAGAAGACGGAUUGCUGAUGAAUGUUAAUUCUUCAUUUCAUAUCAAUCGACGAAAGCCAUGGAUAACAUCCCAGCAUAAACAACAACUUACAGUAAGCUUCACUGCACUCUGAUGAAAUAUUCAUCCUGUGAACCUGAAAAUUAUUUACAGUAAUGAGUAAAGUUAGUUUUAACAAUUAAUAUUUUAUAAAUUAUUAUUGUGUGUACCGCUGCUACCAUCACUAUUGUAAUUACUUUACUACUACUAUUACUACUACUUCUACUACUUAUGCUACUACUACUACUACUACUACUACUACUACUACUACUACUACUAUUUAUGCAACAACAGCUACAACAACAUCAGUCACCAUUAUCACCACCACUACCACACUACUACUACUACUACUACUACUACUACUACUACUACUACUACUACUACUACUACUACUACUACUAUACUUACCUACCGAUCUUGUUAUGCUUCAUGUUAUAACUUUAUAUUAGAAUAUGUGUGUCUCGUUGACUACGUAUAGUGACAGUUAUUUUAACCUGGUAGCUUACCGAGAUCCAGCACGGCCUCUUGUUUGGCCAGGUUAAUAGGUCAAGUCUGAGCUAAAAAAAAAAAAAAAAUAAUAAUAAUAAUAAUAAUAAAAUAAAAAAAAUAUUU